UGUGAUGGGCAGCAGUGUAGAGUAUUUAAACAUGUAGUUGGUGUCUAUUAAAAAAAACUGUUGCUACCCCCUUUUAUUUUCUUUCUGUAGUUUUAUUACACGAUGUGCUGUUUCAGCUUGACAUUUUUUGUCUGCAGUAGAGUUGUAACUCAAGAAAUGAAUUAGGAAACGAAUGAAUUUUAUCUACUAUGGUACUUUUACCAGAAGACGCAGAAAUGACGCUUGCAGAAUUAAGACAAAUGGCUGCUCGUCAGCAGCAUCAAAUUGAAGCACAGCAGCAACUUUUGGUUGCUAAGGAACAAAGGCUAAAAUUUUUAAAGCAACAAGAAGCUCGUCAUCAUAACCUAGCUGAACAGCAAUUGGACACCUCUUGUAUACAAAAUUUACGGGACAAAGUUGAAACUCAAGAACUAAAAUUACGUCAGCUAAGGGCAUUAAGAGGCCAGGUAGAACAACAAAAAACCAACAAUGGAAAUUUGGGGGCUGAGCUGGAUUCAAUUAGAGCAUUAUUUAGUGAGAAAGAAAAGGAACUUAAUCUUGCUGUUAGUAAAGUUGAAGAGCUUUCAAGGCAGUUGGAUGAAAUUAGGAGCAGUAACAACAGAAAAAAUUACAUUGUGUCUUCUGCCUCUUCUGAACUUGAAAAUUUAAAGAGAGAAUUAAUGUAUCGAACAAAAGUAGCUGAACAGCAAAACAACUACAUUUGCCAGCAGAGAGAAAACAUCUCACUGAGGCAUCAAGAUAUCGCUGUAUUGGACGCAAAAAUUAACGAGCUUACGCAACGCCUUCACCGAAAGUGCCUUUUGAAUGAGCAGCUUGCUUCUCAGAUUCACAAUUCUACUCUGGCACGUACUUCUGUCAAUUCUAUCAACAACAAUGUCUACCACGCAGCACAAAUUGUCACCGUAGAGCCUAUGAUCCGUGAGACAUCUGAUCCGGAACAUACCCGGGACGACAUGGCAGCCAAGCUACAUGGAUCUCAUAAAGGAGAUCUGGGAGAGUUUUGUUUGACAAAAAAUGACCCCAAGUACCAGACCCUUCCUUACAAUACGAAGUUCACUUUAAAAGGAAAGCAGUGCGAGGAUUCUCUGUCAUCCUCAACGGAAGAUGAGUCUUGGUCUGCCCACCCCGAUUACUCUACGAGCAAUAAAAGUAAUCCACCUAUGUCCAUUGUUAAGCCAUCGCCGAACAUGUGCAACUUUUCACCCCGUCCAUUCAACAGUGCUUAUAAUUCAAACAAUAGAGUUAUCUCUGAAACUCAAAAGAAAAGUGAUGUUGAAUCUAACCUGAGUCUGGAAAAUUCAUCUAAUGAUAACUCUGUCCUCGCAAAAACAGAACAUAGCAGUGAAGUUAAUCCCAAUGAUUCAAUGAAUAACAAUGUGGAUAAACCCCCAGCUUCAGCAGUAAUUACUUCAUAUGAAAAAAGUAAGACAGUACCGGUGAGAAUUGUGAAACCAGUUGUGCCUCCAAAACCAGCUCUUCCAGUGAAACCAAUGGUUAUGAACCGUCCAAAUACUACUUCAAGAGAUAAAAAUGCUGAAGGAAAAGAUCUUGUUAAUGAAGCAUUGUCUGUUCUUCAGAAAAAAGCACCUGAAAAUGAAAAGAGUGCUGUUAGCAACUACAGGGAACGAUUGCUGUAUUACCAAUGUGUUCCUAGGUAUACUAAUCCACGUGAUAAUUCUCAGGAUAAAGCUCUUCCUAAAAGUAAAAUAGCCACAUAUUUUCCUAAAUCAGAAUCCAGCCCGGUGUCUGAAUGUAGACCAAACGAAUAUUCUGAUGCAGUCGAUGCUCCGAAACGUAAAUCGGCCUUCUGCCUUCCUAUCAAACCAAAACCUCUGACCAUCAGGAAAACUCCCGGUUUAGAACCCCCCAAGCUGAAAGUUCAACCUGUUAGUAUCUCAAGUAUGCAAAGGAAGCUUUCAGAUUCUCAGCUUCUUACAUCUAACUUGAAAACAUCACUAAACGUACAGCCUUUUAAUUCAUCAACAGAAAGCAGAAAUUUGGACAGUGGGAAACCUGAUAUUAAAAGUACCGAUGAAUCUGCUGAAAAUAAUUCCUCCCUGCCAUCGCAAAGUGGAAGUGUGGAGAAGUUAGAUGAAACUGAAGCAGUAAUAGAGUCUGAAGAAAAUAAAAUUCCUUCUGUCAAAGAAUUGAAAAGUAAUUUUGAGUCGUCUGAGCAAGAUUCCUCACUGGAAAAAUCUGAAUCAUCUGAAUUGAUUUCUGAAGAAAAUGAAGCAGAUGAUCCACAAUUUUCCAGUGCAGCUUUACGUCGCAUGAAAAAAGGGAAUUUAAAAAGUGAAGGCUCUAUGCGAAAUUCUAGAAGAGUUAGUUUUGAUCCUUUAGCUUUAUUGUUAGAUGCAGCUUUAGAGGGAGAGUUAGAAUUAGUAAAAAAGACUGCAAAAGAAGUUCCUAAUCCAAGUGCCUCAAAUGAUGAAGGUAUUACAGCUCUUCAUAAUGCCAUCUGUGCGGGACAUUUUGAAGUUGUUACCUUUUUGGUGGAAUUUGGUUGUGAUGUAAAUGCUCAAGACAGUGAUGGAUGGACUCCUCUCCAUUGUGCUGCAUCUUGUAAUAAUUUGCCGAUGGUGAAAUUUUUGGUUGAGAGGGGGGCCUGCAUCUUUGCCACAACUCUAAGUGACCACGAAACUGCCGCUGAGAAAUGUGAAGAAGAUGAGGAGGGCUUUGAUGGCUGUUCUGAGUAUUUGUAUAGCUUGCAAGAAAACUUGGGAGUUAUGAAUAAUGGUGCUGUGUAUGCUGUAUAUGAUUAUGAAGGCCAAAAUGCAGACGAAUUGAGCUUCAAGGAUGGUGAUACGUUGACUGUACUGAGAAAGGGAGAUGAUGAGGAGAGUGAAUGGUGGUGGUCUCGAUUGCUGGAUCAAGAAGGCUACGUGCCGAGAAAUCUUCUUGGGCUUUAUCCCCGAGUGACAAGUAGAAAAGGAUGACGAAUCUCUCUGUGAAUUCAAAAACUAAUGUGCCUUUUAGAAGUGCCAUGACAAAAAUAAAGAAGCAUAGUGCCAAAAAUGGUCUUAGAUGUCAUUCCAAACUCAGCUUUUAUUGCCGUCCUUUUAAACAUGAAAUCAGUUAUAUUUUAUGAUCACAUUUUUUCUGCAAUAUUAGAAUCUCAUAUGUGCCUAUGCUGCUAUUUUUUUGCAUUUAUGUGUGCCUGUGUGUAGUGUUUACAUUUAUGUGUGCCUGUGUAGUGAGUGUUCCAAACAAUGUAUGCCAUAUCUAUUUAAAAUGCCUAAAAAUGAAUAAAAAGGUUUUGAUUUUA